AUGAUGGGAUGGCUUGUGGUCCAAGGCCUGGGAGUCGUCCUCCUCGCCGAUCUCGCGUUUGCGACCCUUACCAACGACCGAACCACGAUACGAUCUGUCGCACAAAGCGCUGGUUACUGGAAAGAUCCUCCGCCAUUCGAUGAGGUUCAUGGGCUGAAGAAAGAUGCCGAAUGA